AUGGAAAACUAUGAUAAAUUCAAUGAAAAGAUAAAAGACAAGUCUCUUUUAAAUCAAUCUUUAUCAUCAAAUUUACAAAUUUUGAAAAACGAUUCAGCUAUAAUCGAUGAAAAAAUUCAAAAAAUAAAAGAAAAUUUACAAUAUAAUAUUACUCAAACAGAAAAAAUAAAUAAAGAAUUAAUAUCCAAAGAAAACUUGAGAAGAAAUUUACAUAAUCAGUAUCAAGAUUUGAAAGGAAAUAUAAGAGUCUUUUGUAGAAUAAGACCCUCAAUAAAUACAAAUGAAAAAUUGUUAUCAAUGGAAUUUCCUGAUGAAUUUGAUGAAAAUAAGGAAAUCUUAAUAAAAGAACCAAUAACAAUGGAAAAAUUGAACCAGUUUGGCACAAACCCUAUUAAUACCACCAACUAUAAUAAUAGGGGCAACAACUACAACUCAGUUAUUCAUUCCUUUGAAUUUGAUAGAAUAUUUGGAAUGGAUACUAAUAAUGCAGAAAUAUUUGAUGAAAUAUCUCAAUUAGUUAAAACCUCGUUGUAUGGAUUCAAUGUAUGCAUUUUUGCUUAUGGGCAAACAGGAAGUGGUAAAACUUAUACAAUGUCAAAUUUAAAAGAUGGUAUGAUACCCAAGGCUGUUAAUCAAAUAUUUGAUACCAUUAAUGAUUCCACAAUAAAACUAAAAGGUUGGAAUUAUAAAAUAUAUGGCCAAUUUUUAGAGAUUUAUAAUGAAACAAUUCAUGAUUUAUUAAAUAAUAACAAUAAUAAAGAUGAUAAGAAAAAAAAAUUGAAAUAUGAAAUCAGGCAUGAUCCAUUAAAUGAAAAGACUAUAAUUACAAAUUUGAGUGAGAUUGAAUUACUUGAUGUUGAUAUGGUUAAUGAAAUAUUAAUCAAGGCAAAUAAUAAUCGAUCAGUUGCAUCAACGAAGAGUAAUGAAAGGUCAUCGAGGUCUCACAGCAUUUUUCGAAUCAAAAUUGUUGGAGAAAAUCCAAUGACUAGGGAAAAUACUGAGGGAAUCUUGAAUUUAAUUGACUUGGCUGGAUCAGAGAGAUUAUCGCAAUCCCAAGUUACAGGUGAACGAUUGAAAGAAACACAAGCAAUCAAUAAGAGUUUAAGUUGUUUAGGAGAUGUCAUUUAUGCGUUGGGAAAUAACAACACACCUAAUGGUCAUAAUUCAAUUAGCAAUAGCAAUCAUAUACCAUUUCGAAAUUCGAAAUUAACUUACCUCUUGCAAUAUUCACUCAGUGGUAAAUCUAAAACAUUGAUGUUUGUUACAAUUCCACCAUUUGAGAAAAAUUUUAAUGAAACGUUAAAUUCCUUGAGGUUUGCGAAAAAAGUGAAUAACACAAAAAUUUGCAAUGCAAAUGGAAGUCGAAAAAAAAGAAAUGAGUAG